ACAAUAAAAGAAUUCCAAAAUAUAAGUGUUAGAGACCAAACGGAGACUGUACUUUUACUAUAAUCAUCGGAUUAGAUUUGGUUUUCCGAUUUCUCUCCGAUUUUCUCUCUCACCAAACACGCACCUAAGCAAUUUCGCUGCUUUUUCUCCAGAUCUGGGCAAGUAGGGUUUUCUUGGAGUGUGAGAAUGCAGCGACCGACGACCAGAUACAUGGAGAGGACAAACAGCAUGACAAGAGGGAAGAGGAGUUUGGAAGCUGAAGAGAACCAGCAGCCUGAGCGAAAGCGACCCGCUUUAGCUAGUGUAAUUGUAGAAGCUCUCAAGGUGGACAGUUUGCAGAAGCUUUGCUCGUCUCUGGAACCUGUUCUCCGAAGAGUUGUAAGUGAGGAAGUAGAACGUGCAUUGGCAAAACUAGGUCCUCCCAGACUUAAUGGAAGGUCCUCCCCAAAGCGAAUUGAAUGUCCAGACGGACAGAACUUGCAGCUGCACUUCAAGUCAAGGUUGUCUCUGCCUCUGUUCACAGGUGGAAAGGUAGAGGGGGAACAAGGUGCUGCCAUCCAUAUUGUUUUAGUAGAUGCAAACACAGGACAUGUUGUCACAACUGGACCUGAGGCCUCUAUAAAGCUGGAUGUUGUGGUGCUUGAAGGUGAUUUUAACAAUGAGGAUGAUGAAGAUUGGACACAAGAAGAAUUUGAGAGUCAUGUGGUGAAAGAGCGCGAAGGAAAGAGACCCCUAUUGACUGGAGACUUGCAGGUUUCUCUCAAAGAGGGGGUAGGAACACUUGGAGAUCUCACUUUUACUGACAAUUCAAGCUGGAUAAGAAGCAGAAAAUUCAGGCUUGGCUUGAAGGUUGCUUCUGGAUUUUGUGAGGACAAACGCAUUCGUGAAGCAAAGACAGAAGCUUUUACUGUCAAGGAUCACAGGGGUGAAUUGUACAAGAAGCACUAUCCACCUGCAAUGAAUGAUGAAGUAUGGAGAUUGGAGAAGAUUGGGAAGGAUGGAUCAUUCCACAAGAGGCUGAAUAAGGAAGGAAUAUUCUCAGUCGAAGAUUUUUUGCGGCUUGUGGUCAGGGAUCCUCAAAAAUUACGAACUAUUCUUGGAAGUGGUAUGUCAAAUAAGAUGUGGGAUGCUCUCAUAGAACAUGCAAAAACUUGUGUUCUUAGUGGUAAGCUUCAUGUUUACUAUCCUGAUGAUUCAAGGAAUGUUGGUAUCAUCUUCAAUAACAUCUAUGAGCUGAACGGUCUUAUCACUGGGGAUCAAUAUGUUCCUACUGAUUCUCUUUCUGACAACCAGAAGGUCUAUGUAGAUUCAUUGGUGAAGAAAGCCUAUGACAAUUGGAAUCAUGUUAUCGAAUAUGAUGGCAAGUCACUAGUUAAUUUUAAACAGAAUAGGAGGUCAAGUGCUCGAAAUGAACUUCAGAUGGGUACAAUGGAUUUCCCAAAUAUGUUGGAUCACCAGCUGCAGCUACCUCGAUUGCCAGUUUCAGCUCCUAAUGAGCAGUUGCAUUCAAGCCUACCUGUUGGAGGGUAUAAUGAUAAUCUAGGAACUGGAUAUACAAGCCAGGCCCAACUAAUGAACAACACUUCUUUUGUGCCACAUGAACAACUGAUUAGCAAUGCAUUGCAAUCACAAGGCACAAGAAAUGACAACAUUGUUGGGCUUGCUCUUGGUCCUCCACAAUCUUCUACCCCAGGGUUCCAAAAUGUUGGCUCUUCCAUGCAGCCAACAUCUAAUAAUAAUCCUUUCGAUGAAUGGUCGCACAACCGUGACAAGGGAGUCGAUGAGUUCUUUUCAGAGGAAGAGAUUCGUAUGAGAAGUCACGAAAUGCUUGAAAAUGAAGAUAUGCAGCACCUGCUCCGGCUCUUCAGUAUGGGAGGCCAUGCCUCUAUGAGCGUGCCAGAUGAUGGGUAUGCAUUCCCACCUUACGUGUCAUCUCCAAUGCCAAACUUUGAUGUAGAUCGCUCACGUCCUGGAAAAGCUGUUGUUGGAUGGCUCAAGAUUAAGGCAGCAAUGAGGUGGGGAUUCUUUAUAAGGAAGAAAGCAGCUGAGAGACGAGCACAGAUUGUUGAGCUGGAGGAAGAAGAAUAGUUGUCAGCUUUUUCUGCAGCUAGCCUCUCCUUGCAUGACUUGGUAGGAUGCUACUAGAAAUCCGUUGAUGCUGGCAAAAGCUCCCAAGGUUUUGAACCUAGAAAUUAUUGGCUUCAAGAUUCCCGUGAAAUCAUCUAAUCUGACAUUGGGAAUAUUUCCUUGUACAGCUUCCUGUACAGUAAGUUGUCUCUCUUUCCUGGUAAUGUGCUUCUGUACUUCCACUUUUACUAUUGGUCUGUGUAUGAUGUCUGCAUUUGGUUCAAGGGGGAAAUUAACCUUUAAAUGUAUGGCCCCUUUCCCCUUGACUGAUUAGAAGAAACGUGUAUGAUAUAUUAGGUGUGGCUCAUUUGUACCUAUAAAAUUCCGAAUUAGUAGUUGUAUGAGAAUUGCUGGUCCGUUUUUCAAUGUUGCCAAUAUUUUGAUAGUUGUAUGCACGAUCAGAGUUGUUUCUAA